AUGUCGACUGCUGCUGCCGCUGCUAACGUGUACGGAGGAGAUGAAAUCAACGCGAUUGUGUUAGAUGCUGGCUCUUUCCAUACCAGAAUUGGUUAUGCUGGAGACGACUACCCCAAAGUAAUCACACCCUCAUACUUUGCGCAAAGUCUGGAUAGUAGCAAACAGUCCAAGGAGACUGCAAAAGUCGAAAACGACGAGGAGAUUACAGUGAGUAAUAGUUAUGCCAGCAAGAGCGGCCGUAUUUUCGGAGAUUCCAUUAACGUACCCAGAGACGGCUACGAGGUUAAAUCUAUAAUGAAAGACUCAGAGAUUGUUGACUGGGACGCGGCAGUUGAUCAAUACAGUAAAUAUUUCAAUGACGUAUUGCACUUGGAUUUCCGUGAACAGCCGAUUUUGAUCACGGAGCCAGUGUGGACCUCUACAGAAUACCGUAAAAAGAUUGUGGAGACAUUUUAUGAGGAGUUUGACUUUCCGGCUUUGUUCUUGGCGAAAGCUCCAACAUGUGUAUCUUUCCAACAGGGAAGACCCAAUUGCCUCGUAGUUGAUAUUGGCCACGACUCAGUAAGCGUUACACCAGUUGUUGAUGGAAUUUCAUUAUUGAAGAAUUCAAUGAGAACUCAUUACGCUGGAAAAUACUUAAACGACCAGUUUAAAGAUCUUUUACAGAGGAAGUACGUCAAGAGUGGUGGUGAAAAUGUACCAGGAAACUUCAGCAUAGUGCCGCUUUACCAAGUUCAAAGCAGGGUCACGACCCAUUAUCCAACAGACCCUCCUAAUUUCCAACUUAAGAGUGCCAAAGACCCAAAGGCUAACGGAUAUCCAAGCAAUAUCACGCAGACGUACCAUGACUACCAAGAGGAGAAGAUUUUCCAUGAGUUGAAGGAAACAUUGUUGGAAGUUCCCGAGAAGAAAUUAGUCAGCAAUAAUAUAAACCACAAUAAUUCAAUAAAGGAAUUAUAUAAGCAGGAUUCUUAUAAGAGACAAUUUGAACUCCCUAACGGACAAAGCAUAGACUUUGCCAUUGAGAGGUUCCAAAUCGCUGACAGCUUAUUCGAACCGCACAGCUAUAAGUUCCAAGAUGAAGCUUUACAGAAAAAAUAUCCUAAUGAGAGUGGAGAAUUGGUCAUUAAUACCACAGCUGAAGAAUAUAAGCCAUUGAAAAGGGCAAGGAAGGCUGAACUGGCCACUAGCACACCACCUCCAUCUGACGGGAAGGAUGCUGCUUCUACUAGUGGCUCGUCAGAAUUGAAGAGGAAAAAUGGGCCCAACUCUGUGACAGGUUGCCGUGGAUUGUCCCAAUUAAUCACACAUACCCUUUCUUCAGUGGACAUUGACUUGAGAUCUUCUGUAGCACAUAACAUUAUCAUAACCGGCUCAACCUCAAUGAUUCCAAAAUUAACAGAGAGAUUAUACACGGAACUUUCCAAUAUGAACCCAGGUUUGAAGAUUAGACUUCACGCCACAGGUAAUUCUACGGAAAGAUUCAAUCAAACUUGGAUUGGUGGAAGUGUGUUAGCAUCGUUGGGUACUUUCCACCAAAUGUGGGUCAGCAAGCAAGAAUAUGAAGAAGCAGGGUCUGACAGGAUAUUGAGCCAACGUUUCAGGUAG